AUGAAUGAGGUGCAUGGUUAUCGAGCGGUGAUAGUUGGAUGGGAUCUCAAGGCUCAAGCAUCCAAAGAUUUCAUCGAAAGAGUUCAUAAGGGAAAUGAGGCGUGGACGAAUAAUCCCAAUUACGCUGUACUGAUAGACACUAGGGAUCGUUUGGUACCGCAACUCGGCUACAUUGUUCAAGAAAAUAUCGAGUUGUAUCAAGGAAGGAUCAUUCAUAGCUUACUGAAGAACUAUAUGGAGAGAUAUGAUGAGGAGAAACACAUGUACAUUCCGAAACCAUGGUUGAGAACAAUUUAUCCGGAUGAUUAG